AUGUCGUCCUCCGGCGAAAAGCGAGAGCCUACCAGAAACGAAGCAACUUCCACGAAAGGCAAAUCGAAGAAGCGUUAUCCGGUAUUCUUCGUUCCAAAUAAAAAUCGAUCACCGGGAGGAGGACAACCCGCGGAUAAGAGCAUUCCGAAGAAGUCGAUCGUCGAGGGGACAGUUCCGGAGAGUAGUGUCCUGCAGGAGGAGAGCACUCCAAAGAAGACACCCUCGGCUAGGCAAGUUCGGUGGGAGAUGCCCCCGUAUGCAUCUCCUGAGCCAGUCGACUUCGUGAAGACUGCUCGGCAGGUCGAGGUAGUGUUCAUCCUUCCCUUCUCGCAGACUGCCGGAAAGACUCCGAACUGCAACUUGGUUGUAUUUGCCAAUGGCAACGCCAACCGGAAGAGCAGCUUUUAUAUCGAAUUAACCAACGAUAAGGCCAUCAUGAGCGUCAUGAAGAGAAAUGAGAUGGACAGCAUCGUUCGUAUGACCGUUCGAUUCCUGCUGCACGAUUUACCGUCAUCCCUCGAGGUGAGGGAAGAGAUCCGGAGCUCCAUUUGGGCUGUCUUGCCUCCAAACCCUACUGCGCCAGUAGCGAUUCGAUUCAAAGAUAUUUCGGUGAAAGAAGGCAGUGCAAAAGCUCGAGAGGCUGAGGCGGCCUUCUGUAGAAAUGAAGUAAUGUCCAUCUUCGGUCGUGUGGCGACGGAUUGGGCCAGAAAGUAUCCUGGUAACGGUAUGUCGAUGAAGCCAGGCGACAAGGGAGUGUGGGGCUUGCAAAUUGACGAGCGCGAUUUCGAGGUUUAUGAGUUCGUUUCACCACGGUCACAGGAGCAGGAGGGUGUUUAG